AUGGAUCAACACCGCUUGACCUUGUCCCAACGGCUGUUCACGGCAGCCACCAGCCUACGCCUUAAACAGUUCACUGAUGCAUGCGAGAAGGAAAAGGUAGGAAGGACCGAUGAUGAUGAUGAUGAUGAUGAUGAUGAUGAUGAUGAUGUUGAUGAUGGUGAUGAUGAUGAUGAUAAUGAUGAUGAGUAUGAUGAUGAUGAUGAUGAUGAUGAUGAGGAGGACAUAAUAAUAAUAAUAAUAAUAAUAAUAAUAAUAAUAUGA